AUGGACCGUCUACGCCGACCGGAGUCCUUCGACGACGUGCGCGCGGAGGGGCUCUUCCGUGGCACCACGGCGCCACAGCACUCCGGCGUGAUUCUCCAGAGCCAGGGCAUCGUCUUCACCCAGGGCUUGCCAGGUCUUCUGGGCGCCGGCGGCUUCCGUCCGGACAAGAUUCCCACCAAGGAGGACGUGCUGGAAGCGGGAGCGCGCAUCUUCGACCGCAGUUCCUGCGCCGAUCAUGUGGAUGUGUUCGUGAGCCAUUGCUGGGGCUCGAAGCGCUGGGCGAAGUACCUUGCACUGUGCCUCUACCUGAACUUGGCUCCAGCUGUUGUGUUCUCCCUCACCAUCUGGGUGGUGGCUAGUACAGUCAUUCUCACAUCCGCCCGGGACAUUGGCGCCAGCCACAGGGGAAGCCUCCUGCUGUUGCUUGUACUGGUCUACUUCCCCACGGCAGUCUUCUUCUUUGUCUUCUUCAUGGGGCAUCACCUUGUGCACCGCUUGUGGCCCACGUCGCUGUGGGUAGACCGGGUCUGCGUGUCGCAGACAGACGACGAGCUCAAGCGCCAACAGAUCCAGGCCCUGCCGGUGUUCGUCGCUCGGUCAUCGUCUAUGCUUGUGUUAUGGGACGACUCGUACUUCCAGCGCCUUUGGUGCCAGCUAGAGCUUGCAACCUUUGCGAAAUAUGGCGGUGCGCCGAAGGUGCACUUCCUGCCGCUUUGGAUGGCGCCCUGGUUGAUCUCAGCGAUUGUAGUGGACCUCUGCGUCGCUACGAUUUGGUUCGUCAUCUACUAUUGGGUCACUCCGGGCACCUCAUGCGAUGUCUGUGCCGCCCUGGUUCCGCAGUUCGUCCUGGAGUCGCCAGCGGGCCCAUUUUUCACGGGCCCGGUCGGUGCCAAUGCAGCCGGUAUGAUGGCUCUGGGCCUCCUGGCAUCGGCGCCGUGGACGUACUCCUGCAAGAAGAAGCUGCGAAAUCACGCGCUGAUGCUGGAGCAGAUGGCCUCCUUCGACUGCCGCGAAGCGCAGUGCACUCUGGAUGCGGACAGGACCUUAGUGGAGCUGCACGUCCGGCAACUCUUUGGCCCGACUGACAAAGAGGAAGCGGCAACUUCACCAUUCGAAGUGGCGCCCGCUGCGUCCCACAGGUCCGAGCCGUCGUCGGCCAGGAGCAUCGCCAGUGCUGUGAGCAUACCCAGUGUUACAAAUUUCGCAUGUUCGGAUGCAAGAUCCCUGGACGCUUUCAAUGCCUACAUUCGGGGCCCGCUGCAAGCAGCAGUCGUGGAGAACGUUGGAGGGGAGUUGCACGUCUCCUACAGCAUGUGCUUGUUAGCCGCUUUGCCGAUGAUCAUGUUUUCUGUGGCAGACAUCGUGCAGUACUGCGGCACCUCCGUGGACGCUGCAGAGUUCGCGUCCUGCGCGGUCCCGGCCUACAUCGUCUGGAUCGCCAGCAUGUUUCUGGUGCUCCCCAUCACAUACCCCGUAUUCCUGCGCAUGCUGAAAUGCGCUCUUGCCGUGCGCUGGGAGUGGUUGCAGCUAGUUCUUGCGGUUAUAAGUGGCACGUUGAGCUUUUGCUACAUGGCCUACCUCACGGCAGUUCUCUUUCGUUUUGCUUUCCUGUGGCAAGAACCUGCCGUCUACUGGGCUCCUUUCCUUAUUGGCUUCUUGGCGUUCCUCCUGUGGCAGAUCAGAUGCCUCUUCAGAAGCUCUGGCGGCUCUGGCAUCUCGCCGACACCAGCUCCAUCUCUUGAGAGUGGCAGCGAUGCCACUUACCGACAGCUGCAUGUGGAAGACGACUGA